CCUGGUAAAGUUCAUAACCUCUCUCAGGUCAGGGGAACAAAAUGUCAUAUUCAAAAUUAACUCGGUUCUCAGAGAUUGGAAAGAAGAUUAUUGCUGUGGGAAGAAAUUAUAGUGAACAUGCAGCAGAAUUAGGAAAUGCAGUGCCUUCUAAACCAAUUAUAUUCUUAAAACCAACUUCCUCUUAUGUCAAAUCUGGUCAAGCAAUAAAGAUACCAAAUGGUUGUAGUAGCCUUCAUCAUGAAGUUGAAUUAGGUAUCGUGAUAGAUCAGAAGGGUUGUGAUAUACCAGAAAGUAAAGCUAUGGAUUAUGUCGGGGGAUAUGUCUUGGCUUUAGAUAUGACUGCCAGAGAUUUCCAAGAUGAAGCUAAGAAAAAAGGACAUCCAUGGUCUUUGGCAAAAGGCUUUGACACAUCAUGUCCUAUUGGUAAUUUCAUAUCCAAAGAAAGUCUAGCUGACCCUGGAAACGCGCAUUUAUGGUUGAAAGUGAAUGAUACAAUGAAACAAGAUGGUAAUACAAAAGAUAUGAUUUUCAGUAUCCCCUACCUAAUCAGUUAUAUUAGUGGAUAUUUUACAUUAGAGCCAGGUGAUUUGAUAUUGACUGGAACACCAUCUGGUGUUGGUCCUGUGACUCAAGGAGAUGUUAUUAAGGCAGGUCUAGAUGGGAUUUCAGAAUUAGAAUUUAAAGUGGAGCAGAAAUAAGUUUCAACAUCAUUUUGAUAAUCAUGAAAGGAAUAUAGCUGUCUGAACAUUUUCUUUAAAGAUGUCUGUCCAAUCAUCCAGGUCAUUAAAAACAUUGCUUAAUCAUUGAUAUUGAUUUAAAAAGAUCUUUACCUAUACAAGGUUUACCAUUAUAGUCAAACAUUGUAAAAAUGUAAAGAGACAGAGACAGUGACUUUUAGACAGUUAUAUUCGUUUAGAGAUUGUCUAUACAGACAAUGUCAAAUAGAUAUAUUUGAUAAAAAAGAUAUAUGUUUUUUUAUAAAAUUGUUAUGGUUCAAGCUUUAAUACCAAAUAAGCUUUUAUAAUGUUUUAUUAUGUGUCCACACACAACCAAUUGUGUUGUAGAAAUCCUUAUUUGAAACACAAAAAUUCCUUUAUAUAUAUUAUAUCUUACAUUCAUACACGGCAAUGAUUACAGAUAUCUUGAAAUUUCCGGCUAAAAAUCGGAGGUAUCUUCUUAUUAGUUUCAAUGUGGACUGCGGAUGGUUGUUUUAAUAUGAAUUUCUUCCACUUACUAUAUAGUAUAAUAAAUUUACAUGCAUUUCACUUUAUCAAUUGAAUGAAUGAAUGAAUUAAUGGAAUGAAUGAUUAUAUAUUAUUUUUUGAAUGAUCUCAGAAAAUUUGUAAUUUGAUGCAAUUACAUAUAUAGUAUUAUGUAUGAAAUUAAAUUGUUUUGUCAUAUGGCUUU